ACUUCUCUUUGUUCCUUUUAAGUUCCAGCGUUGUUUAGAACAAGUUCUGUGGCCGUCAAAUGAAUCCCAAACGCAAAGAUUCUACCGAUAUUUUCUCUAUUACAUUGCCGUUGGCCGCCCAUUUCUCUAGGUUUUCAACUCCCACUCCUUCCGAAUCCAGUUUCCUUGUAUAACAAAACUCUACUCAUCGUUUUUUUUUUCAAUUUAAGUUUAUAUAUUUUGGCUUUCUUUUUCUGGACUCGUCCAUGGCAAUUUCUUAAUCUAUGGCAAUGAAUCACAGAGGACUCGCAACUCAGUUUGAGUUCGGCCUCUUCAAGCUAUAUGUCUCCGAUGGAUUCGCGCCGACCAAAAAACGGAGAAUGUGUUUUCGUCGUGAUCAGUUCACUACGUUGAGUCGAAUCAGUUGCUGCUGCUCCGACUCCGUGCUCCCAAUCCGGAGAGCCGACGGUUCAGGCAAUGAAAAUGAGAAGAAAGGCGAGAAUUGCCUUCACAGGGUCCGAGUUAUGUCAUCUCCUGCAACGCCGUUUGCUUCGGCUCAAUCUCGGUUUUCUUCCAAACAGCAAAAGUUCUACCCUCAGUGUACUCCACGAAAUUCAGGUCCUCAGUCUCGUGAUACUCCACCGACAAGAGACACUGGUAUUGCAAAUGAGAAGGACUGGGACAUUAGCUUGUUAAAUGAGAAUGUUUAUGAGUCUGGAACAAAUGAAGAUGGAAGUACUUGGUAUCGAGAAAGUGGAGAGGACCUUGGUGAGAACGGAUUCUGGUGUAGAUGGACAAGGAUGGGUGGUAAAUCCCAUGAUGGAUCCUCUGAAUGGAUGGGAACGUGGUGGGAGAAAAGUGACAGGAGUGGAUACAAAGAGCUAGGUGUUGAGAAGUCCGGAAGAAAUGCUGAAGGAGAUUCAUGGUGGGAAAUUUGGCAAGAAUUGCUUCAUCAAGAUGAAUGGAGCAAUUUAGCAAGGAUAGAGAAGAGUGCUCAGAAGCAAGCUAAAAAAGGUAGUGAAAAUGCUGGUUGGUAUGAGAAAUGGUGGGAGAAGUAUGAUGCUAAAGGGCAGACAGAGAAAGGGGCACAUAAGUAUGGUAGGCUGAAUGGACAGUCAUGGUGGGAAAAGUGGGGAGAGCGUUAUGACGGAUGUGGAUUUGUUCUCAAAUGGUCAGACAAAUGGGCUGAGCCUGAAGUGGGAUCUAAAUGGGGAGACAAGUGGGAGGAGAAGUUCUUUGAGGGUAUUGGUGCACGUCAAGGGGAGACAUGGCAUUUAUCUCCGAGUGGCGAACGUUGGUCAAGAACGUGGGGUGAGGAGCAUCUUGGAAACGGGAAAGUUCACAAGUAUGGGAAGAGCACAACUGGUGAAAGCGGGGAUUCAAUUGUUGAAGAGGAGACGUAUUAUGUGGCUGAACCUCAUUAUGGAUGGGCAGAUGUGGUGGGCGACUCAAGCCAGUUGUUAUCGAUCAAGCCUCGGGAAAGGCCUCCUGGUGUCUUCCCCGAGCUUGAUUUUGGGUCAUCGUUUCCUCAAGGUGAUGACUAGCCUCCCACUUCAAAUUUGAGUAGUUGGAGUAGUCUGCUUUCUUUUUGGUAAACGUUGGAAUUUAUUUUGGUUUAGGUGGUUUUAAAUCAAUUAACUACUAUUAGUUGAACUUGAAACAUU